AUGGACAAGUCCCUGCACGAAACUGGAAUCCUCAUUUACCGUCAUCAGCGGAACUCAACAGAGAUUUUAUUAGUCAACGAUUCUUUUAACCACAAACGACACUGGACUGCUCCCAAGGGCAGAGUUAUUGGCGAUGAAGACGAGCUCAAAGCUGCCUUGCGCGAGACCCUGGAGAUCACUGGAUUGUCUGUUUAUGACUUGAAGGUUGAAGACUCUUUCCGUGCUGAGAUCAAACCAAAGCGUGUUGUUUACUACCUUGCUGAGCUGACAGACAGUGCCAAGGUCCUUCCCACAGGCGAGGGUGCUCAGUUCGCAUGGUGCAGCCUGCAGCAGGCAACUGACAAGGCGCUCUAUAGGACUAUGCAGGAUGUCCUCCGUAGCGCAUUUACUGCGGCCGAGGCUAGUAGGGCAAAGGCUUUUGCGGCUGCCCCACCAAAAAUGCACCGUAACCACUCUAACAACAGCGGCAAUAGCGGCGACAAUCUCGAAUCCAAUAUGAAGAACCUCAACAUUGCUCUUCCACUGGAUUCUCAACGUCAGGCCAUGACUAGGGACUAUAACAACAGCCGCAACAAUGGAGGCAGCAACCAUGGCCACAGAGAUCGUGACCAGCAACGUGAUGGCAAUGCCACCAGUACUCGUCAUAGCAAUGCCAAUGGCAAUAACUCUCAUGCUGAUAAUCCUAACUACAAGACUCGUCUUUGUGAGAGGUAUGAGGCGGAGCAGUUCUGUCCCUAUUAUGGGAAAUGUACAUUUGCGCACGGCUUAGCUGAAUUGCGUCAGCGUCCAACCAAUCCUGACCAGGAAAAGCCCGUGUCAGCUGUUCAAGCCUCGUACCAAAAUCGUACCAAACGUGAACAAACAGAGAAUGAGUUCCAUAAGACUCGUCUCUGUGAACGUUUCAUGAACGAGGGUGAAUGCCCUUUUGGCAACAGAUGCACCUAUGCUCAUGGUCGUGAGGAACUUCGUCAACGAGCUGGAUAUCAGAAUAACAAUAGUAACAAUAAUGGGGGCUACAAUAAUGGGCAGAACAGGACCUACUCGAGAGAUGGUCAGAGUGGCGACCGCCCUUACAGAUCUAAUCAAGACGGAUAUCAGGACCGAGGUCUUCGUGCCCAACAGGGAAACGAUAAUCCCGAAGAUCGCCCCUACAAGCCCAACCGCUCCGAAGGCUCCUAUCGUUCAACUUUCGCUGAUCGUGAGAACCGUGAUGGUCCUUAUCGUCCACCUCAGGCUCUUGAACAGGCGAGAGGCCUACGCUCCCAGGCCGAUUCUACAAGUUCUACAGGAGCUUAUCGUGCUCCACAGGCACGUGGUCUCUCCAACAGUAUUGAGGAUCCUGGUUUGAGCCGAUCAGUACUAGCUCCCAGAGCGACCAUGGCUGUUCCUGCCGCAUCUCCUGCCACACCCGCUUCAUCUUCGUCACCCCAACCACCGAGAGGAGUUUCGCCUGCCAACACCCCUGUCCUUGGGUCUGAAAAGUCUGCAAGCGGUCGCCGUCGCGGUCAGGAUUAUGAUGACAAGCCUCGUGCUAAAGUAGUUGAAAUGUCGAGCGAAGAUAUGGAAAAGUUCCAGCUGCGUCGUCCAGAGACUCCUGUUGCUGCCAAAGCAGAUUCUAAGCAGGCACAACGUGAUCAAUUGAUUCAAGACUUGCAAAAAUUCUUCCAGAAUAACCAACAACAGUCGCAGGAGGGUACUUUGGAUAAGAAGCAACAGCAACAGCAACUUCAGGAGGAGAUCAAGGAAGUGACUCGCCUAGAAAUGCGUAAUGCGCUUACGAAGGCUCAGUUGUUCCACAUUUUGAUCGCUGCGUUAUUCACUGAAGCUUCAGUAGAAACAUGGAAGAAAGUUUUGGUGGAGAAAGAAAAGUUGCUAGCUAACUUUGUGCGUUCGAAUGAGGAUCAAAUGACCUUGAUGCGCGCAUGGGAAAACCUUUUUGUCAAGCAACGACCCAACAUGAUGACCAGGGCACCGAUUAUGAUGAAGGGCUUGUAUGAUGCUGAGCUGGUGGAAGAGGAUGUGAUGCUGGCAUGGUACGAUCUGUCAACCACUGAUGCUGAGCUCAAAAAGAAGUGCGUCGUCUUUGUGGAGUGGCUUCGCUCUGCCGAGGAGGAGUAA